UGCCAAGAUCAGCAUUGUGGGUCUCCGUGCGGCAUGCUAGCUUUGCUGUCCACAUGUGUUUGUUUAUCAUAUCUGGUAUCGGCGGUGGAGUACUGGAGGGGGAUCGGGGGGUCGUCGGGGAAGCCACUGCGGAGCCCCUUUGCUUCAAGACCUGGCCUGGCAUGUGAAUAUCAGCCCGCCAGCCGCCGCUCGGCGAGGAGAUACAAAAUGGCCGCCGCGAUGAACUUCCCUGCAUGGUAACGCCGCACGAAAGAGGGCCCUUCCCCACUCGGUUCUACCAACCCGGGACGACUCCACAAUGUAAAUGAGUUCAGCCUUCUCCUUCGCCCUCUCUUCCCCCUCGUCCUGCCUCAGCGACGACCUUCCUCAGCGGCCAUGAGGCAUAGGAUAGGCUCCGCCCACUCCCCUCCUUUCCCCAUUUGGAUUUAGGGAGUUUUUUUGGUGUGCCCACCACCACCUCCACCUUUACCUCCACCUCCACCAGCACCGCCCGACCCCGGCCCGAGGCUGCAGCAGUGGCUAGUGGCAGCGGUCCCGCCAGCGUCGGUGGCGGGUGGCGUGGAGAUCUACGGAGGUUAACUACGAGGAGCCUAGGCGAGCACCAUGAGGAUAGCUAGCAGCUCCCGGGGAUACCUUCCGCCCUUUCUGGUGUGCCUCUGUUUCAUCCAGAGGUGCUACGGGGCCAGUCACCACCACCCCCCGCCCGCCAAGGUGCCCUCCAGGAACGGGACGCGGCUGGCCAACGGGCAGACGGAGGUGCACCACAGACCCAAGCGCGGAUGGAUCUGGAACCAGUUCUUUGUUUUAGAAGAACACAUAGGGCCGGAGUCGCAGUACGUGGGAAAGCUCCACUCCAACUCAGACAAAGGCGACGGCUCCGUCAGGUACAUCUUGAGCGGCGAAGGCGCGGGGACUAUUUUUAUCAUCGACGAAGUCACGGGAGAUAUUCACGCGGCGAAGAGCCUGGAUCGGGAGAGGAAGUCGCACUACGUUCUCCACGCUCAGGCUCUGGACCGCUACACGGAAGAAGCGCUGGAACCAAAAUCGGAAUUCAUCAUCAAAGUACAAGACAUCAAUGACAAUGCCCCCAAAUUUCCAGAAGGACCCUUUGUGGUGUCGGUGCCGGAGAUGUCUGAAGUGGGGACCUCGGUGAUUCAGAUAACGGCCACCGACGCGGACGAUCCCACCUACGGCAACAGCGCCCGGAUCGUCUACAGUAUCCUACAGGGACAGCCGUACUUCUCCGUCGACCCCAAGACAGGGAUCAUCCGCACGGCGCUGAACAACAUGGACCGCGAGGCGCGGGAGCACUACGCCGUGGUCAUCCAGGCCAAGGACAUGGCGGGCCAGGUGGGGGGGCUGUCGGGCUCCACCACCAUCAACAUCACGCUGUCCGACGUCAACGACAACCCGCCCAAGUUCCCGCAGAAGAACUACCACCAGUACGUGCCCGAGUCGGCCCCGGUGGGGAAGCCGGUGGCGAAGAUCAAGGCCAACGACGAGGACCUGGGGGUGAAUGCCGAGAUCAAGUACACCAUCAUCAACUCAGAGGGCGCCAACACCUUCUCCAUCGCCACCGACCGGGACAGCCGGGAGGGCGUCGUCAGCCUCAAGAAGCCGCUGAACUACGAGCGUAAGAAGACGUACACGCUGCACAUCGAGGGCACCAACACGCACACUGACCCGCGCUUCACCUACCUGGGCUCCUUCAAGGACACGGCCACGCUCAAGUUCACCGUGGGCGACGUGGACGAGCCGCCCGUCUUCUCCAUGGAGUACUACAUCAUGGACGUGUACGAGAACGCGCCGCCCGGCACCGAGGUGGGCGCGGUCACCGCCCGCGACCCCGACAGCCGCAACAGCCCCGUGCGGUACUUCAUGGGCACCAACGAGGACGAGGAGGAGGAGGGGGAGGGGGAGGAGGGGGUGAGGUACUUCACCAUCGACGCGGACAGCGGGGUGAUCCGGACCACCGGGCCGCUGGACCGGGAGGCCCAGCCGUGGCACAACAUCACCGUGAUGGCCUCGGAGGUUGACAACCCCAGCCUCCUGAGUCAGGUUGCCGUGACGACGCAGGUUCUGGACGUCAACGACAACGCCCCGGAGGUCGCCACGGACGAGGAGGUCAUCGUGUGUGAGAGCUCACGGCCGGGACAGGUGGGCGGAGGAGAAACAUUCUGACCAAUAAGAAGUCCC